AAAAAAUAAAGUUCCUUGAUUUGCUGGACUCAGAUUUGCCUACGUUUGCAGUAUUUACAAAACUAUAUAAAUCUUCCCUUUCUUUUUACAAGCAAAUAACUUCUUUGUUUACUCAUAAACAGCAUUUCUGGGGCGUGUCUUUAGCUAUAGCUUGGGGCGAAGAGCGAAGAGAAGUUGGGAAGAGUAGUCGAGAAGACAGAAGACAAGGAUGAGAAAAGACAAAAUAAGUGAAAGCGUUUUAGCUAGUCACUUCAGUAAAAGUAAUUGAUAUAUUAUUUGUAUAGAUAUAUGUAAAAAUAGGUUUCAAAGCUGCUACUACUAACUAUAUAAAUCUUUUUGAAUGUUUACAUUUUCCGCGGUGAGCCCCCCAGCGUAAUUUUUCUUACCACCGGGAAAUCGGAGUGGUUAAGGUAGGAAAAAUUAUUGUUUGAGAGAAACUCAUUUUAACAACUCGAUGAAGAAAGCUUAGCUAACUAGGCUACGGUUAAGCCCUUUUGGCUCCAACAACUGCGUGGCAGGGUAAAAUAUGUGAAGGCUUGCUGAAAAAAUGACUUUUUUAGACCAUUUCUUUCUACGAAAAGAUUUUCUGGGUUUUAACUAUUAAAUUGAUUCUGGAUGGAUUUCUUCUGAUUGGCAUAUAUUCAUAUAAAGUAGUGAUGAUACCUUUGUGCGUAGAAAGUUUUAAAAGUGAUAAGUUUAGUUUACUGGACAACUUUGUGUGAAGAAACAGACUAAAAAGGACCUCACUUCACCUAGAGCGCCCUCAUCUUUUUGUCUGCCACACAAUUGUUAAGGCCAGAAAGGGCUUACCGUGGAAAAUGUAUACAAUUUUCCGUUUCCUUGCUCUUUCUUUUUGAAGAUUAUAAGCAGUAUCUAAAACAUAUUAAGGAAUUAAAGCCAGAAAAAAAGAUGAUCCAAGCUUGAAUGUAAAGGUUUCACCACAUUCUCUUAGCCAGAAUGUGACACGGGCAAGUUUCUGUUGAGAGAAAAACAUUGCAAGGUUGAACUUUAAGAAGCAUGAAAAAUUCCUAUUUAUGAAGAGAUAACUGCGUGAAUGGCUUGUUUUUCCUCAAAUCAAAAUAAAUAUCCUGAGAAAUACAGAUCGUAAUUGGUUUAAAGUAUUAUGUGACAUCUGAGGAGGAAAAUAAAUGACAUGCUUGUUGCAUGGCUUACCCCAAAGUUUAUAAUGGCAGCCGUAAUAACAAAUAAGCUGGAAACUGGCCUGUGAUUAUUUAAUUAUGUAUUUUGUGGAAACAUGUCCAUGAAAAUACUACUAAAAAUUGAAGAAUAGAUGUGCUGAUGUCAGCAUACUGGUACUCUCCAAGUCUUUUAGUUCCGAAUAUUCUAAGAUCCUAAAUCCUAUGUCAACUGUGAACUUUUACAAGAUUUGCACAUUACUUAGAUGAAUACAAUGUUAGCUGUGGAAGGACUUGUUUUGGCCAAAUCUCAGUGAUCCCUUAUGAAAGAAAUAUUAAAAGUAGUGAAAUUCAGAGAUUUUGUGGAAAAUUGCAAAAUUACUUUCUUAGACAGUCAGGGAAAACUUUUGAAUAUGCUGUUACAGUAUAAAUAGUAUGUUACCUUCAAAUUAAAUGUUCAAUACAACUUAUAUAUAUAAAUAAGCAAAUUACAGCCUAAAUUUGCUGUGUUAAACUUUGAAUCCUAAUAUACUGCUUUUUUCGCCUGGUCGCAUUGUGUUUUGUUUUUUAAUGGAAGAAAUAACGUAAAAUUAGUCUGACUUCACAAAUAUAUAAAGCACUUGAGUCAAUUGUACAGGAAAACUUAGUUGAACACGUAGAAAACAACAACUUGUUUAAAGACUCUCAGCAUGGUUUUCAAAAAAAUAGGUUCUGCUUAACAAAUCUCCUGACAUUCAUUAACAAAAUCACUGAAUAUAAAGAUCAAGUACCCUGUUGAUGUUAUAUACUUGGACUUCAGUAAAGCUUUUGGCAAAGUCCCCCAUAAGAGACUGCUUAGAAAACUCUUAGCACAUGGAAUUGGAGAAAAUAAUACAAACUGGAUUGGCUCCUGGUUAUCUGGGAAAGAGCAUAGGUAGUUAUAUUUGGUACAGAAUCGGCUUGGUUACGAGUGCUUAGUAGUGUACCACAGGGAUCCGUGUAGCUUUGUUUGUAAAACCAUGUUCAUUUAAAGGGGCACUCCAGUGAAAAAAAAAUAUUUGGAAAAAAUGUUAUUUUAAUAAGACAAUACACAAAUAUGUCAGAAUAAACCUUUUACAAUCGUUAAAAAUCUUUAUUUAUACCUUUAUCGGGUCUGUGAACAUCUUCCAUUUUGAAUAAAUUUGCAAGGCCGUGUAAAGUCGAGAGGACUAGGUCCAAAUAAAUAAGCAUACUUCACAUCCUGCAGAAACUCCGUAAGCUCAGCAGCACACCUUCUAAAAGUUUGUUUACUUACUGUUUACAUUGUUCGUUGAUAAGACAUCUUGUAAUAAUGAAGAAGAUUGUAACUUGAAAACAUAGAAUCGGAUAAUUCUCUUCAUGAAUAAGACUUUACAAAGCUACAGCCACACGACUUCGAACCUCUUGUGUCUCACAAGGGAGAAAUUAAUAAUGAUACAAAGUGACAAGGUGUCUUUUACUGACUCAAAGUAACGCUCUUAGUAAAAUAUUUUCUUUUUAAAGAAAUAAAAAAUAUAUUUAAUCGCUUUUUUUAAGAUUCUUUUCGUCAAAAAACUUUAUCUUUUGCUUCAGUAAAAAAACUUUCUUACUUUACAAGCCAAUUUAUUUUUAUUUCACAAUUCAGCAAUAUUUUUCCUCCGCACGCGCUUUUUUGUUGAAAUUUUCGCCGUGAUGGAGGACCAUUCAAAUGCAUGAUCGAAAGAUCGAAUAAUGUUCGGGUCUUAAUAUUGUAUAAAUAAAAAUCAUUCUUAUGAUUAUGGUAGGUCAUAAAUGCGUUGCAGAUGCUACUGACUUAUAAGUAGUUGUUUUGACAAAGCUGUUUUAGAAACUGCAUUAUCAGCAUUACAUGCAGCCUUAAACAGUUAAAAAGAUUGAAGAAAAUGGGUACAUUUACCCCCUGAAAAUAUUUGGCAUGUCCUUCCAUCAAAAAAGCUUCUUGUUUAAAAAACAAAGAAUAGAAACUUGAGCGCUACGAAAGAUACAUGUGUAACUAGAAAACUUUUUUGUCUGUGUGUGUAUUGGAAAUUGGUAUAAUGUUCUUUUAUUUAAUAUAAAAAUAUACAAAAUGUUAUUUGGUUGUGUUCUGUGGAUAUAAGCACAAAAAUUAAAAUGAGAAGAAAUGAGAAACUGUGAUCGCGUUCACUAGCCGAAAUGGCAUUUUUACAAACUGGCAAUAUUUUAAAAUGGAAGUUUAUUUCCUGGAGAUCUCUUUUAAAAGAACUAUCUGUGAAGUGCGCUAUUCAAAUAUAAAAACUUUGAUCACUUGGUAGAUCGCCUGCACUAUGUAUUUUGUUUAGCCAUUUUUGAGUUCUUUCUUUUUCACAGACGGGAUUCUGUGAAAACUUACUUCUUUACACUUGUCUAAUCGAUUGGUACAUUGAAACACAGAGCAACUAACCAUUUUUUAAAGAUUUAUACGUAAAUUACAUACAAAAAGCUAUUUAAUGUAAGCUAUAGGUCUUAACAUGAACGUUCUCUGCACCCGCCUAAACUUUCUGCACGAUGUGAUGUCAUUAUUUAUAAUCGGGUCCAGUCCUAAAUAAAAUCGCGCCUGUCUGUUUUUUUAUGAGAAAAAAAUUGAAUAUGCAAAGGCUUGUACAACAAUUUUAAAUAAGAAAAACAAGUAAAGUAAGUUUUUUUGAUUUCUUAAGCUUUUCUGACUACGUAUAUAACAAAAAAGAAAAAAAGUGAUUUUUACUGGAGUUCCCCUUUAACGAAGAGUUUAUGAGAUAGCACGGUUUUAGCGUGUUAUCUCAUAGUUUAUAUAGUAUAGUUUAAUUUUCCUGUAGACAGCCAUUUUAAAAUGUAUACAAUCAAAAUAAGCAAGACUUGUCGCCAUCUUGGCUCUCAUGUGGUUUUGGUUGAAUGAAAACAAGAUGGAUUUUGCCCCAUAUUUAAGCGAGGGAGUUUCCACAUAAAAGCACAUGUUCCCCACAUCAAAUUAUUUGAUUGGUUCAAAAUAAUUGGUGGUGGUGAUAUACAUACUUGCUUCCUUGCACUAAAAAAACAUGCAAAUUUCGACUUAAGUGUGUGAAUUUUGAAAAAAUUUGUUUGUAACAGUUUAAAUAAGCGAUAUACUGCUUAAAUGGGAUGUAUAGUUUAUUUAUAUUGUAACAGCAUAUUUGAAAGUUUUUCCUGACUGUUUGACAACCCUGGAAACAGCAUUUAGGAAAUUUUCAGCUCUUUUCUACUUUCUGUUAUUUAAUCAUCUUUUCUUCAGAAAAUCUUUGGACCCAGCAUGUUAAUUCAAGAACUGUGAAUGGAGUCUCAGAUACGAGAUGAUUGUCAAUUAAACAACAGUUUUGAAAAAAUUGGUGUAUAAAAAAAGCAUGUACUGCUUUUAGGUGUCAUUUUGAAAAAUACCAUAAAUGAAGGAUCCUUCAGUUAUACAUUAUUUCUGACUGGUAUAGCACCUGACUCCUGUCUAAGAUGCUGCGGAUUCGUUAAGGAGGCUAUUAAAAGAAGGAAUCCAAUGGAACUAAUUACAUAAAAUACAAAUUGCUACUGUUACUACCAGACUAGUUGCAAAUGUUUAGCCCAAACGUGCAUCCCAGACAGACAAAAUAGGGCCAUGCAAACUAGUCAUCAUAUUUGUAGAUGUUUUAGGAAUAAAAGACACUCUCAAAAUGGCACAUCUUUAAAACAAAAUAUCUGUAGUCAAAUCAACGUCAUUCUUGACUUGACGUCCGUUUUCCAUCCUAGCAUGGGUUGGACGGGGUAUAUUAAUGACCCUCUUCCAAUCUGAUCUAGACUGUGUUAGAUCUAAAUUCAACUUCCUUUGUAUCAAGUCUGUCCUUAUAACCUCCUGCCAAGUCUUUCUCGGUCUGCCUCUGGGCUUUGCAUGGUACAUUUUUGUUAGUACAUAAAUGUUGCCAAGCAUGUUCGUGAAAAACUAAAAGGGAUUUUGUAGUAAUGGGCAAGAAUCUUGGUGAGUAUUUUUCUGACUGUGUUGCUGUAAGCUAAUUAUCUUUUCAUUUCUACACUUUUAUUUUCAGCAUUGUUUCCCUUACAAAAUAACACUUAACUGUGUUAAGUAUUAUUUUGUACGUCCUCUGUGUGUUGUGUAGUUGUUGAAAAUUAUAUUUUAAAAACUUUAUAAUUGUAACAAUUUACGUUGAUAAUGUCUUGUAGUAACAAGACUAAAUAUCUGUUAAAAUAAAAUAAAUGUCAUCAUCAGUUAAACUUCUCGUACUUAUUUUCAUUGUGAAGUUAUAUGCCCGAAUUAUUAUAUUUAAGUACAUUAGUACAAAAAAAUAAUACUAGUUAACUUUCAGUUAAAGUUCAUAAGGAGCAGUUUAUAACAAUCAAAUUGUAUUAUAUAUCUUGUAGAAAAUAAUUUCAAAGAAUGAGUGAUCAAGGCAUCUCAGAAAUAUCAGACAAAAUCUUAAGAGCCAUUUUCUGUAAGAAUCAGGCAAUACUCAAUAAGGAAAGGAAGUGAGGUUUCCAAAAUUACUAGAUUUUUACUUAUGUUAAAGAUACUAUGGUUUUAGGAAUUUUUUGAAAAUUUUGUUCGAUUUCGGUUAUCGGUUAAGAUUUUAUGGCCCAUUAAAUAUUUGCUAUUUUUGGGCCUUUUUGGGCCAUUUUUAAGGAAUUUCUGGGUUCCAUGUUUGAAAUUAUAUAAAUUAUAAAAUUAGUUAGCAGUCACUUUGAUUUCAUAUGGAUUCUGUUGUAGUCCAUAAGUUCUAUGGAUCGUGUACCAGUUUUGCAGAAUUUUUUUCACAUUUAGCUAAAAAUUAUAGCUCAAAACCACCUCUCGGACCUUUUUUCCUAAAAAUUGACCAAUUUUCCCUGCUUUUGAGGCCCAAAUUUGGUUACACCUUAUACAGCAAUGUGGGAAUCUGAAUGGCAUUGGGUAAAGUGCUUACUUUUGUACAAAGAAAACAUUAAACUAAGCAUUGAAAUCGUAUGUGGUUUCCAUCAAUGACCUUCAAACUUUCGAAAAAACAAUUUAGGUAACUAGUUCCAGUCCUUUUUUCCAGAAUGGGCAACAUUUUCAAACUACACAAUAUUUGAAAAUGUUUAAUCCAAGGUGAGUACUUCACAAAAAAAGAAAAAAAUCCAUGUGAUCUAUAGUCAUGCUAGCUAGAUAUCAUUGCUCAAAACAACCUUAAAAUUACAAAAAAAUGUUACGAAAAUGUCAUAAUUUUGGCAUAUAGAGCCUUACAAGAAAUGCCAUAUCUUUAUUUAUAGUUGUUACUAGGAAAUGUGUAGCCCCUCUUUUUUUGCAGAAAGAAAAAACCAUCGUAUAUAAAGGUAGGAUAAAGGCUAUUGCUCAAAACUACCCUAAGUUUACAAAUGAAUUGUUACAGACAAACUCUAAUUUUUCCUUCUAGAGCUUCAAAAGAAAGGUUGUAUUUUUAUUCAUAGAUGUUGACAAGAAGUGUGUAACCUAAAUAGAAAGAACUUUUUGCAUUUAAUGAUCUAUACCUAGGCUAUAGGCUAUUGCUUGAAAGAACUUCUGCUGAGGAAAUAUAGGAUGCUUCGAAAUCAAACAAUUAAUAACAAGGAUUUAGCAGUAAAAGAUUUAGAUCAUAAAGCUUGGAGAACAAUUAAAUUACCUAUUUUAGAAAAAAGUAUUUUGAAGUAUCUGCGAAGCCAUUGCAUUGUUGAUAAUGUGAAAUCAUUGCAUUGGUGAUAAUAAUAAUAGAAUGUCUAAUAGAAUGCAAAUAGAAUUUACAGAAAAAAGAUGUGCAUGUGUUUUAAUGGAUAGUAUAAUUGAAUGUAUGUAUAAUUAGAAGCUUUAUGCAAUUGUGAUACAUUAUAUAGAAGUUUAAUAGCAUCAACCCAUGUUUCAGUUUGCUGCUGGCUAAGUUAUUUUCUGAUGAAGUAUUAUUUUUAUUUAGCUAGAUUAGAGCAAAUUAUGAGUACAGAAACUGAAUCUAGAAAGGAAAAAGAGUGUGUAUUUAGUGACAUUAGUAAUUGUGGAAAAGGGAGAUAUGGUGAGAGUGGAUUGGUUAAAGUUUCAGAGUUAGACAGUGAUAUAGAGCAACACUUUAAAAAGUUAAAAAUUAGUUGGGACAACAUUAAACUGCAAUAUUGGAAGGAAAAACAUCUCAUAGAAACAGAUCUAAAAGAGAAUUAUCAGAUGACAAUCAAAUAUGUCAAAAACAUAGAGAAACAUAUGGUAUUCAUUGGAGACCAUCAUUGGUUUGUCAACAUCCUGGUCACAGUAACAAAAGACCUAGAGCUGCAAGGACUGCACCAGCAAACUUGAUUGCAAAACUUGAGGAAGAUGGCAUUCACUUACCAAUUGGCUCAAAACUAUGUGAAUCUCAUUACAAAUACUGUACAUGUAUGUUAUCAUUUCUUUGUAUAUUAAAGUUAGUUUUGAUUAGUUAUUUAUAAUAUAUAUAUUUCAAUAACUACAGUGUAACUCUUAACUUACAGCAUCGUCAAACAAAACAGAAAAUUCUGGAGAGGACACAGAUCACUACGACAUCAGUGAAAAAGAGGAUCCAGAAUAUUCUCCAGAUGUGAUGAUUAUGGCUGAGUCAACCUGCCCAAUUGAUAAUUCGUAUGUUACGGCAAUGGAUGCCUUACAUGGCAGCCCAUUAAAAUUCCAAAUAAAAAGAAAAUUUGUGUCAACUCUCACUACCAGUACCAAGAAAAAAAUUAAACAAAAAUAUAAAAGAUCUAAGAAACUGUUAAAGCUUAAUUUCGCUGCUGCAGUUGCUCCAGGUCAGGAGGAAAAUGUAUUAGACUUUAUUAGUUCUUCAGAUUCCGAUGCUGAUGAUGACAAUAUUAACCAACUCAUAAAUAUUUACCAAGCAAGUGACUCUAAAAGCAGAUUGGUCAUACUCUCUUUGAUUAACCAUCAGAAGUACACAAAACAAGAUAUUAUGAAGUUAUUUGAUUGCACUAAAUACCAGGUCGAUACUGCUAGAAGGUGGAAAUCUUCAAGUGCUUCAUUGUUAUUACCAAUGCAUCAGGUCCACAAACGACUUAAGCUUGAUAAUAAUAAGUGUGAACACUUCCUUGAAUUCAUCUUCAAUAGUGGCUUGUUGCAAGAUGUAGCAUAUGGUGUAUCACAUAUCAAGUUUGAUAGUGGGAUUGUUCAAAAAGUUGCCAAUGCAGUUUUGACAACAAAGUAUAGCCAUGCUGUUACUUUGUAUCUAAUGCACUGCAAAACUAUUGGAUACCAUAGCUUGUCAGAAAGUUCGUUAUGGAGAAUACUAAAAGCAGUUAAACCUUCUAAAAAAAAAAGUUUAGCUGGCUUAGAUGACACAACAGCUGCUGGAUUAAAUGGUUUUUCUUGCCUUCAAAGUAUUGCUGAAAAAUAUCAUAGGAAAGAUUUGUCAUCAAAGCUGGAACGUGGGAAAAGAUAUUUGAAAACCAAACUCCAACAACAUGCAAGCAAUCUUGAUAGCGACAUAUCAACACACAAUCCACUGUUUGCAUUGAGUGAUGUGACAAAUGAAAAUUUACAGUCAUCACCACUUAUUAGUGAUAACGUUUGUCAUGACUGUUGGGAUCUGUGUUGUUGUUUGGAUGAAUUUAGGGAGUUAGCCAAUAUUCUUAAUGUUGAUCCUGGUAUACUUUAUGAUAUUCAAAUAUCUGCGUGUAAGAUAUUAGAAUAUAUGAAACACCAAAUCAGAGACAGUCAACAGAGGAAGGCAAAAGCUUGGUGCUUCGAGCAAUUGACAGAACAAAAAGGAUUUUGGUUAAAAGAUUUUUGCCAAAAAAUCCUGCCAAUUAGACAUAGGGAAGGCCAGAGAGAAUAUUUCGGGAAAAAAGGAAUGAGUCUUCAUGUUGAUGUGUUCUUUUUCCUUGAUGAGAGUGAAAUGAAAAAACAAACUUAUUUUACUGCUAUAUACCGCUGUGACCAGGGCCUCAGUCAUGUAAUCUCGAUUGCUGAUGUAGUACUUGAUGAGUUUAAACAGGAUGCACCCAAUGUCUCACAGUUAUAUGCAAAAUCUGAUAAUGCAGGCUGCUAUCAUUCAAAUUGUUCUGCUGAAAGCCUUCAUCAGUUGUGUCAAGAGAAGGGGAUCAAGCUGCUUCGAUACGAUUACAACGAACCUUCCUGUGGUAAAGAUCAGUGUGAUCGUGAAAGUGCUGCAGCAAAGUUAGUGAUGAGAAGUUAUGUAGAUGCUGGAAACAAUGUUUUGUCAGCGUCUGACAUUCAUGAUGCAUUGCACUAUGGGUCUGGGUUAAAAGAUUCAAAAGUAUGUGUUAUAGAGAUUAACCCAGAAUCUGUGAAAGUGGAAGGUCAGAAAAUUAAAAAUAUUAGCCAUUAUCAUUCUGUAGAAUUUAAAGAGGAUAAAAUGACCUUUUGGAGAUAUUUUGAUGUUGGUGAAGGUGUUGAUGUUGCCUAUUCUGAGAUGCAUGUUGCAUCAGGCGCAGUUGUGAAGGUACCAUUUAGUAGCACUUGCAGGGAAAGUAAAAAAAAGAUGUUUUCAAAACCCUGUGCAGAUAGGCAGCUCUGUAAGUUAUUGUUUUGUCCAGAGUCUGGCUGUGGUGCAACAUUCACAACAUACAAGAACUACGAAGAGCACAUGAUAGUAGAUAAUCAUGAUGUCAAGAAACACCAUUCUUCCAUGGACUUAGUGAGACAAUCAUAUGUUGACAAAAUGAAGUUGUCAUCGAUGACAUCUUUGCCUUUAUUUGGAAAUGAUCUAGAGAUUGCAAAUGUUAACAUGCAAUGUGCCAUAACAAAAAGUCUAACUUUUGCGAGUAUUGCCAUUGAAGGAUGGUCUUUGCCAGUUAGAUCUACUUUUCGAUUUACAGAUUCUCAAAAGGAUAUUCUUUUGAAAUUAUUCAUGGCUGGAGAAGAAUCUGGACACAAGGUCAGUCCAGAAGAUGCUGCCAUAGAAGUAAGAAAGAAGUUGUCUGUUACUGAAUAUGUAACACCACAACAAGUAAAGUCGUUAUUUUCAAGGUGGUCCAGGCAAUAUAGAGAUGGAAGUUUGGAAUAUGUUAGUUCAGUGACUGAAGGUACUGACAACGGCUUUGAUGAUGAAAUGCUUGCUACAGCUCAGAAUCAGGUCAUCCAGCAAACAUCAAAAGAAGUACUUCUUAAACUUGAAAAUACAUAUCAAGUUGAUGAAUGGAUAGCUUUGCGCUUUGGGAAUACUUGGUUUCCGGCUCAAGUUGUAGAGGCAGAUGAUGAGGGUAUUGUAGCAAGUUGUAUGCAUUAUGCCAUGGGCGAUGGAAACAAUGCAUUUAUUUUUCCAAAUCCAAAAGAUCAAGGGUUCUACGAUCUUGAUGAUAUUAUUUGCAAAAUUUCAGCACCAACUCCAAAGAAUAAUAGAUAUUUUUGGUUAACCUCUGAAGAUUUCAAAAACGCUAGCACAGGAUUUAUUAAUUAGUUUAUCUUACAUUAUCUUAUUACUUUUUUGUUGUUUCAAAUUUAUGUUGUUUUUUGAUGGUUUACAAAAUAUAAUAUAAUUUGUAAGUAAACAA